UGCAGCCCUCCACACUAAAUCAAUUCUGAAAACCCUAUCUGAGCAAAGAAGCCACCCUUCCUCAUUGGAGAUCAUUUCAAACGGCGCCUCAAACUCGACUCGCUUUCUACUAAUCUCUCUCCUCUGCCCCCCUCUCUGGGUUAUAGAAGCAUCAGAUCUCUCUCUCUCUCUCUCUCUCUACGUUCUUCAUCUUCCCUCAGGCUCAUCCAACCGUUGCAUCGUCCUGUCAAUCCGGUGUCGCAUUCAAGAGAGGCUGCUUCCUCCAAAAAUGGAGAAAGGAGGAAGAGAGAGAGAAGUACCAAUAUUCAGAGAUAUAAGGCGAUACUACUGCAAGUAUUGUGGUAUCUGUCGCUCCAAGAAGUCUCUCAUCACCUCUCAUGUCCUCUCUCACCACCAGGAUAAAAUUGAAGACAAUGAUGGUGUUGAUGGAAAUGGAGAAAAGAAGGAAGUGAAGUCAAAUAAUACGUGUGAACAAUGUGGCACAAGUUUUCAAAAACCUGCACAUUUGAGGCAACAUAUGCUAAGCCAUUCAAUCGAGAGGCCAUUUACUUGUCCACUGGAUGAUUGCAAUUCCAGCUACAGAAGGAAAGACCACUUGACGCGACACCUUCUUCAGCAUCAAGGGAAACUUUUUGAGUGCCCUGUUGAGAAUUGCAACAGCAGGUUUGCUUUUCAAGGUAAUAUGAAGAGGCAUGUCAAGGAAUUUCAUGAGGAGGAAUCAUCUUCUUCCAAUGGCGAUAAUGGUCCGAAGCAGUACAUCUGCCAAGAAAUUGGGUGUGGGAAGGAAUUUAAAUAUGCAUCAAAACUGCGGAAGCAUGAAGCUUCUCAUGUUGAGUUGGUUACAGUGGAGACAUUUUGUUCAGAACCAGGCUGUAUGAAAAAUUUUACUAAUUUGCAAUGCCUCAAGGCCCAUCUCCAGUCUUGCCACCGACAUAUUACCUGUGAGGUAUGUGGGACCAAACAACUGAAGAAGAACAUCAAAAGGCACCUCCGGACCCACGAAGCAGGGUGUUCAUCUGAGAGAAUUAACUGCAAUUUUAAGGGUUGCCAACACACAUUUUCAACUAGAUCAAAUCUCCAUCAACAUGAGAAAGCUGUGCAUCUUGAACUCAGGCGUUUUGCUUGUAGCAUUACCGGUUGUGGUAUGAGAUUCACAUUCAAACAUGUGAGAGAUAAGCAUGAGAAAUCUGGUUGCCACGUUUAUACCUAUGGGGACUUUGAAGAGUCUGAUGAACAGUUCCGAUCAAUACCAAGGGGUGGGCAGAAAAGGAAGUGUCCAACUAUAGAAACUCUCACACGGAAGAGGGUUUGCCCUCCAAGUGAAUCGGAUUCUAUUAUGAAUCAGGGUCCUGAUUACCUCUCCUGGUUGCUCUCCACUGAAGCUGAGGAUGAUGGCCAGCAAUGAGUUAUGCCCAUUAAUUUUAGCGCCAUCUAGGUUCAAUUUUGAUCUCUUAGUUGUAUUUUCUUCCUCUUUGGGGUUCUGUUAUAAGCUGUGUGUUUUACAUGUUGUAUAGAAUUAGAUACGAAUGGUAUGUUGUAUUGUGCGGGUCUUCAUGUCCUCUGCAUCUAUUGUCCACAAUGAAGCCAUGUAAUAUUGAGCUAGGGUUUAUGUUGCUGUGUAUUGUGUGCUUAAUUGUUCCAUGUUUUGCCCAUUUCUAUGAAUGAUAUGUCAAAUCUUUUGUAGUCCACAAA